ACCCAGGAGUCAGACCCUGCAAUCUCAUCAUUGCAACUAUAUUCCAUGUGCUGUACAGGAGAUCAGACUUCAUACAACACUGGGAAUCCUUCUUUACUGGAUCAUCUGGAAUUUCACCCGUGGGCUCAGAUAAGCGCGAUAUAUAGCUUGGAAUGCACGAUAUAACUUGGAAUGCGGUGGACUAUAAGUACAUGAUUGAAAAAAAGAAAACAACUUUUGAAAUGCAUAAGCAUACAAAUGGAAAUUAAAGCAAAACCAAUUUACCGAGGUAUUUUAAAUUAAAUAAAACGUACUGCAACAACUUUUUUUUUUCUUUUUUCUGGCAUCAAUAUGCUCAUGCUGUCUUUGUUCAAAGAUGAUCGUGAUUGGCCCUGCCUGUUAUAUUGCUAGAUAAAUAUUUCGGCGAACAGUUUGUAUGUAUCAAACAGAAACCUACCAUCGACUUUCUUCAAGUUGUGCCAAGUUUUUAUAAAGCUGACAGGUGCUUUGCACUAACUUCUCAUCUUGCCUCUGGUGAACGCCUGACUUACAAAAUACGUCCAUCAUUUUUGGAGAAUUGUGUGCAUUCGUGUGCUAACGCAGGUCCCGAUUUCUUUGAUCAAUUUUUUAAUACGAACCUUUUGGAUGGGAUUAUAUGGAUACUACCCUGUUAUUAUCUGCUACAAAUGUUGCCGAAUCAGGAUCAGUGCUUUCUUCCUAUUGAAGUUAGUGCAUGGUGAAAUUGACUCCGAACAUACAAUUUUGAAGUGAAUAUCGCUGCCGCACCAUUCAUCCAAAUGAUCCCAUCAUUAUUAUUCCUCCUAUUAUCUUCACUCCAACAACAUGGAUCAGAAGCUGAAUCCAGCCUCAGCAACACGUUUCAGCUUUCCAGUAUGAAAGAACAAAACGGAGUACAAGAUUCACAGCAUGAGAAAAUCAUUACAGUAUCAGGAGAUGGAGUAGUCCACAGUCCAGAGUUCCCCCGUGCUUACCCUCGGAACAAGGUGUUAGUGUGGAGGCUAAUCGCAGUGGAUGAAGGCAUGCGAAUACAGCUGACAUUUGAUGAAAGGUUUGGGCUGGAGGACCCAGAGGAUGGCAUAUGCAAGUAUGACUUUGUAGAAAUUGAAGAGCCUGCUGAUGGCACUAUUUUAGGCCGAUGGUGUGGAUCCAAGCCAAUACCUGGAAAACAGGUAUCCAAAGGGAACCAGAUUAGGAUUCACUUUAUAUCUGAUGAAUAUUUUCCUUCAGAACCGGGAUUCUGCAUUCACUACUCCCUCCUUCCAUUGAACCUUCCUGAACCAGAAGGCCCUUCAAUGCUGCCACCAUCACUGCAGAGUGUGGACUUCCUAAAUGAAGCAGUCUCUGGCUUCAGCACUGUGGAGGAGGUCAUCAAGUACUUGGAUCCUGACAGAUGGCGGCUGGAUAUCGAAGACUUGCAUAAGCCAACAUGGCAUGUGCUUGGGAAGUCUUUCAUCCAUUCCAGGAAAUCCAGAGUGGUGGAUUUGAAUCUCCUGAAGGAAGAGGUGAGGUUGUACAGCUGCACCCCACGCAAUUUCUCUGUGUCCCUGAGAGAGGAGCUCAAGCGCACUGACACCAUCUUUUGGCCAAACUGCCUACUGGUCAAGCGAUGUGGAGGAAACUGUGCCUGUUGUGUACACAGCUGCCAUGACUGCCAAUGUGUCCCCACUAAAGUUACAAAAAAAUACCACGAGGUUCUCCAGUUAAGACACAGAAGUGGUGGAAGAGGAUGGCAAAAAUCCAUGACAGAUGUGCCCUUGGAACACCACGAGGAAUGCGAAUGUGUGUGCAAAGGCAAUUCAGAUGGAUAAAAGAAUCAGACAGUGUGCUUUCCUCAAAGCACUCCUCCAAAAAACAUCUGAGGGUGGUGUUUGUGAGUCUAUCUCUGUGGUCUCUGAUGGAACCUGAUGGAUUAACAGUGAACUGGGGUGUGGUGACCCCAGCUGCCCAGCCUAUAUCAAACUAGGAUUUGAUACUCCUGGAUGACAGUUGUGUUGCUCUGAGCCUGCACUUUUCUGUAAGGUCCACGAAAAGGGGAAAGAGAUUGAAAAAAGGCAACUGUUAAUUGUUUCUCCUAUUAUAUUACUGAAAGGAUUUCACUAGUUUUCGAAUGCUUUGGAAAAUAGCAAUUGAAAAGAACUCUGAAGAGCUGGACUAUUUUGAAGUUGUGCUGGCAGCAUUGGUUUCCGCACUCCCUACAAACUUUUUUCUAAAGAAAGUUCAGUUUCUUAACAUGUGGCUUUUUUAACUUUAAAAUACUCCUGUGGUACAUUUAAAAAAGUAUUUUCAUGUCAUGCCUUCUGUUACUUUGUUGUUGUUUAGUUGUAUUUACAGAAUUGGAAAUCAAAUAAUUUCUUAUUUUAUUGAGCUUGUCCAAUUUUGCCAAGUUUGUUGAUGGGUUCUAGAUAUUUCUUCACAUUACAGCUUCUCCCACAGUUUUGAUAAUUGAUCAACAAAGAAUUGUGCAUACUAAAACAAUGAAAAUGACACCAUAGCUUUAGAAACCAUAAGGGUUUUUUUUGGAAAUCCAUACAGUACAUUUUAGUAUCUUAUUAUUAAAACAACACUUGAUGUUUCAUUUUAUAAUCUUAUUCCAUAUUGAUAUGUAUUUUUAUGAAAGGUAUUGUGUUAUCUUGUCAGUUUCAUGUUGGCAGCUGCUUGAGGUAUCCUGGAGUGAAACUCCAUGUUUCGUUUGCAAAAGGAACUAGGGAACAAAAAAGGAAAUGUGUUUCAUCUUGACAUCUACAGUGAAGGCUACCUUAAGAACUGCAGUACCAAGUUUAGGCAAAAAUCUAGGAGAGAUUCUGGCUGACUGAAUGCAUUGCUUGCCAAUGGGCACUUUAUUGGGCAGGUUCAGUAGUUACUAGUAUAUGGCAGGAUAUUGCCAUUAUCAUUAUAUACAUUUUGUGUUUCAGCUUCAAGUGAACUUGAAUAUAUGGGAUCAAAAGAGGGCAGUCAAUUUAUAUUCCAAGACUACAAUGGCAAGAAUAGAAUGUUUAUUUCUUUAUUUCAGCCCCUAUCUCUCUGUUGUUUGCAACAUGAAAAACAGAGGCAGAUAAAGAUUCAAUUAAUACAACACAUGAUUCCCAGCUGCUCAUUGUAAUAAGUGCACAUGUAUUAGUAAAAUUCAAAGGGCUCAGAUAACAACCCCACCAGCUUGGUCCAUAUACUGCAGCCUAUACAGAUUUUACACUGUUUGGAGAUCUAAGAAAGCCAGGAAAUUAUAGGUACAGUACAGUGUUUUUUACAAUGUCUUGGAAUUGUCUGUGGCCAACUCUUUAAGGGACUCCCAAGAUGAUUCCAUUUAAAAGCAGCGGGAAGGUCAGUGACAAGGAAAAUAAGCACUAUUCACAAAUCUUUAACCUAUGAGUUAUUUAAAGCCUUAAAAAAAGUCUGGUUUUAAUAAUUACAACAAAAAACAAACAAACAAACAAAAGAGAUAUUCACGAAAACUUUUCAGACUGUUGGUUUAAGUCAAUUCAUGCUUUAAAUAGCUCAUUAGUUAAAGUAACGUUUUGUGGACAGGGCCCAGUGUAGGAUUUUCAUGUCAACCAUUCAGAGGUCAUAAAGCCAAAACCAUUCAUUAUUAAAGGGUUAAAGAACAGCAAACGUAUAUUAAUGAGGAAAUAUCGGCAUGAGUAAAAGUGAACCGCCAAGGUUUGUUUACACUCUACAGGUAUUGAUUAAACCCAUGCGCAGAUGACCACUGUCCUAUACCUCUAUUAUAUACUAUUCAUGACCAACCUUUUUGUGCAUUGUGAUUUUAAUUGGAAAGGAAAAGGUUGAUGAAGAGAAUACCUUUAUGUGGCUCAGAUACAUUGACAAUUGUGAUGUCACCAAUUUGAAUACACUCUGCAGUUGUAGGGAAUCUGGGGUAGGGAAUUGCAAGCCUCAGGUACAAUAUUUUAAAGCAUUUCAAACGUAAUGCUAUUUAGAACAAAGGCUGAUAGAAACACAAUUGGCUGAAAGAUCCUCAGCUGCCCAUAAUGCUUCAUAAAGAGAGAAACAUUACACUAGUUGGUGAAAACAGUUUUUGCCAAAUGUUCUGCAGAAUACUCAAGAAUUAUGUUUUUAUAACAAAAAGUGUCGUUAUAAAGGGGACAGUCUCUAGAACAUUUUUUUUGUCACUAUUUUAACAUGUAAUAUAAUUUCAAGAUUAAUAAACUUACAGAUGUGCAAGUAGGUGCCUUUUAAAUAAUGUAUGAAGCUGUGUUAUAAUUCAGGACAUCAUAUCUUGUACAUAGAUACACCGAGUAUACUGCUUAUAGGUAUACCAACUGAACUUAUACCAUCUACUGAAGCAUUACAUACUAUCAUCUGAAGCUAAUCUUUUUUUUUUUUUAGAUUCCAGAGUAUAUCUUUCCAAGUGUGAGUGAUGCAGCAUAAUAAAAUAGAACAAAAUCCUUUGCCUAUUAUAUUUCAAUGAUUUAACUGAAACAAACUGAAGAAAGCAUACCAGGUCACAAGUAACACAUCAUUAAAAACAUAAACCCAUGUUUGUGUACAUUAUGUUCAAAACUGUGUUUAUUCCCAUGAAAGGCUUAAUAAAAUGCUUUGUUUUGAACAUAUAGAACGUGUCUACCCAUUAUUUCAUUAAUCUGUUAAUUACAAUGUUUGACAUCCUUUAAGGUUUAUGUUAAUGUAAUAAAUUGUUCAGAGAAACAUGUUACUGUUUUUUUAAAAGACGGUUUGCAUUCUUAAACUUUUUGCAUUGAUUGUAUAUAACGGUUGUUUGGCUUUUAUUUGUAUUGUUAUGUAUUUUUGUAUUAACACCAAUUUUGUAGAAAGUUCAGUUUAUUAAAAAAGACAUUUUCAUU